AGUUGCUUACUUCUCGCGCUUGGUGCCAAAUUAUGCUGCCGAGCUCUGGUGACUCCAGCAAAGAGAACUGUGCUCCACAGGACGGUAUCGUUGAGAAAGAAGGACCAAAUAAACCUUUUAAAAAGAAGAACGUUAAACAACGGAAUGCUACUCCACAAGGCGCGGGUUCCGAAACCUCAUCCAAUGCAGAAGACAAGCAAGAAGAAGCACCGAUUCUAACGAAUGCUCCCAAAGACAUUAUUUCGAUGCAAAUACAGGAAACGAAGGCAUUUCUUAGUGAAUAUGAGGAGUUCGUUGACACAGAUUAUCCAAAAACUACCUUCACCCACGUGCCACGAAAGUUUCUGAGUGUUUCGCCAUUCACCCCGAUUGAAGCCGACGCGGAAGGAGAGUUUCUUCCAGAUGCUGACUCAAAAUGCGUGAUUUGCCACGAAGAGAAGGAUAAAACCGGAAAAUCUGAUUUGAUCACAUGUCAUGGAUACAUCAAUGGAGAAAUGGACGACGGCAAGCGUCUCUUGGGAAAUAUACCAAUGUUUCCUUGUCGUAGUAAAUUUCACGCGAGUUGUAUGAUCAAUUACAACAGUGGCGGCUUUCACUUUCAAUAUGCAGCCCGACUCGAAUGCCAAGCAAGACUUCUGUGCCCUCUUCAUUGCUGCAAUAGUUGCAAUUUGGACCAUCACAAGCAAUCGGCUUAUGUUGGAGAUAUUGCAGAAUGUGCUCUCUGUCUCCGCGCUUUCCAUUUGACGUCGUGUUAUCCAUCAGGUGGCCGAGAUUUGAAUGUUUCGAUAACAAUUGGUGGGAAAGUGGAGAAGUUCGAAAUGAUAAUUUGUCCAGCACACUAUCUACCUGGUGCUGAUGUUCAAUUCUACAAUAAACAUAAAAAAAGAAAAAACGCCGUCACUGUUGUUCCGAAAGCGGAUGUUACAAUGAAAUCCCAUAUCAAAGCGUGUUGCGUAAUUGGAUGUGAGAAAUCUUCGAAUUCAAAAACAAUCAUGUGCAAGACUUGUUGCCGAUCGUUUCAUUCUGGAUGUCGAGAAGUGGAAACGCUGAAUGGAAAACCGAUACCAGACGAUCAAUGCGAAUCGUGUGUUUGUGGAGAUCCGAUUCCGCAAAAUACAUUGAUUCUCGCGAAGUGGACGGACAAUUCAUUCUGGCUAGCAUUAACACUCGAUUGGUACAAGUACCCUACUGGAAAUCGUGGUAAUAUCAACUUUGAACGUCUUGGAUAUACUGUUGUCCAGUGGCUGAUACCCCAAGAAAAUGAUAAAGAGAAACAACCUCUCAUGUCAAUUGUGCCGGUCUCGGAUAUCGCCCGUCUUACCAAGAAUUACUUUUCGUUGGCAAAGAAUUCGACGCUUAGAAACUUGUGGGAAGAGAAAUAUGAGGAACAAGCAGAUACUGCGUUGAAGAGAUGCCCGUACGUGUGUAAAACUGUAUUUGGAAGACUGAGAACAUCUGUGUACUACAAAUGCGAACCAAAACUGGAAGAGUAUCACAACAACGAAGUUUGCAAUUGUGAAGGAGCUGACCGCUGUACAAAGCUGUCGUGUCAAUAUCUCGCCGAUGAUUAUGAAUGUCCCCCGAGUUGUUCGAAAAAGGGCGUUUGUCAUAAUCGUCAAGUUUCCAUGGGAAUAGUUAGCGAGAAAAUCAAACUGGCAGCCACUUUGUGUAAAGGAUACGGUGUCUUUGCGAAAGGUCAAAUCGAAAAAGACGAAUACAUAUGCGAGUACGUUGGAGAAAUAAUCGAUAAAGCUGAAAAGAAGAGGCGCUUGGAUUCGGUUUCAAUUUCGCGAGAUUUCCAGGCGAACCAUUAUAUGAUGGAAUUGCACAAAGGAUUAACCGUGGACGCUGCCAGAUACGGUAACAUCUCCAGAUACAUCAAUCAUUCUUGCGAUCCCAACGCUGCAUCUUUCGUUACAAAAGUGUUCGUUAAGAAAACCAAAGAAGGCAGUUUAUAUGAUACUCGCAGUUAUAUUCGGGCAAUUCGCACUAUUGACGACGGCGACGAGAUCACGUUCAGUUACAAUAUGAACAAUGAGGAGAACUUACCAGACUGUGAAUGUGGAGCUGAAAACUGUAUGGGUACAAUGGGAAAAGCGAAACGCGAGAAACCGGAAGUGGCUGAUAGUUCCGAGAAAGCUGCUAAAAAGAACAAAUCGUCCAAGAAGAAAUCUGUAAAAAAUCAGAAUAGAAAGAGCCAGGAGGCCGGAAAGAACGGAACCGCAUCUAAGAAAUCAGAAAUUUCUCCUUCGAAACCAUCCACAAGCUCCGCGUCGAGCACUUCCUUCGUCCAACAAGCAUCAUGGCCAAUUUCCCAGAAUAAGAAAAAUUUAAAGAAGAAUUCCAAUCAACCUGUAGCCGACACCGGAUCAACAUUGAGUACAUCUACAGAGUUGAAUUUCCACGAAAAACCGCAAGAACUCUUGAGCCCUGUUUCAUCGCGAUCGCGCGCAGCUUCAUCUUCAACACCACGGGCACAAAAAUCAAAGAGCCGUCGAGAUGAUGUGGAAAGUGAAGCGCCACCUGUGAAACGAGCUACGCCAUCAUUGCAAACAAUUCAAGAAACCGGAAAAGCGAUAGAGUUUCCUGCAACCAAGUCGGCUAUCACAAAAGCACGAGCGUUGUCGACACAAUCAGUUCCAUCACCUCAUACUGUGGAGGUCAAAGUUAGAGCAAUAUCUACUCGUGGACGAGUUCAAAAAGAGACAAAACGGUUUGAACCGAUUUGAAAAGUGAAAUAAUAUGCUGUCUCGCCCAAUUGAACUCUUUCCAAUAGUCUUCCAAGUACUAAAUUAUGAUUUUACUUCAAUUAGUUUCAAUCAACAGUGCCCUCAUUCUUUUUAAUCGUACUAUGAGUUUUUCCUGGACUGUCGACACAAUUUUUGGAAACGCUGAAAUUCAUUUGACCAACGUUCAAAGAAUAACGAAGACUUUCCUAUUCAUCUUUUUUGAAAAUUAUUUUCACACUAAACUAGGGGUUUUAUUAUUGCUUUAACCAUUGCUUUCAUUCACUUGUCAUUUUUUUUUCCCUAUGUGUUCUUUCGUUCUUGUUACUGCGUCCCAUCAUAUCGAUAAAUACGACUUUUUUUUCUCAUCUGUAAUAAAUACCUUUGCAAAUUAC